UUUAACUUUCUGUCAUAGCACUGAAUUGCAUCCAGUGGAACUGAAAAUAGAGGGUAGGCAUGAGGAUGCGUCACACGUGGUGUUGCCUGAUAUAUUGGUGCCGGUUUCCGCUGAAAUGGAAAACGGCGAUCAUAUUGCGAGUGCAAAGCAGUCUCCAAAUGGGUGAAGAGAGCCAGCAGAUUGUCUCUGCAGAAGCAGACCAGGAGAUGCAUUCGCAUGAGGGUGUUUCACACAUGCUGCUGACUGAUAUGUUGAUCCCCAUCUGUGAGAAAAUGGAAGAUGAUUUAAGCAAUGAAUGGACAAAAGCUGGAGAGAAAAGCCCUCAUGAGGAAGGAAGAUCUCAGGUUAGUUAGCUGAAUGGCAGAAUGAGUAAGGAGUGAGAGAGGAUCCAGAUACCGCAGACCUGUUCUGUCAAGUGUCACACCCAUCAAAUGUGGGACCAUCAGUAUCACCCAAGAGGGAAAGACCCACUCGGGGCAAAGGCAAGUUAUUGGUAAAGAUGACGUUUCCAAAAAGAAAGACUGGAGAUUCCCCUAAGAGUGGCGAGCAAUCACAAACCGUUCCUCUGUCAAUCUUAAUGUCGGAGUCAACACAAUGUAGUGCUGAGACAUGUGCUGACUUGCUGCCCACUGGCUCGGAGGACCAUGAGGAAGCAUCUGGGGGUGUUUCACACAUUGUGCUGUCUGAUAUUUUGGUGCCUGUAUUGGAUGAUACCGCUGAAUGCAGCCUUCACAAAGAGGCCUUAUCUGCUGGUCUUCAAGAAGAUGCAGUCAAAGUUGAGAAGUCAACAGAUAAUGAGAGACCAACAAAUACUGAAAUGGAAGAGAUGAGCUCAAGUCAGUCUGUGGCAGUGGAAUGGAAAACACCUUGCUGUAGGAGAGGCACACUGCAUCCAAUGCCUAAAUUGUCAAAAAGAAAAGCUGAUCCUUCAGAAAAUGACCUCUGCCCGCCCAGCUCUACACAGACCUCUUUAGCUACACCUCAGCAGUCCCUGGACCCUCAAGCUGCAGAAUGGUCUCUCAAAAGCAAUAUGCUGCCCAUGGACUCAGAUGAGAUGGAGAACUGGUGUGAAGGAGUUUCCCACAUGUUGCUGUCAGAUGCAUUUGUGCCCGUUUCUGAAGAGACUGGAGAGAACAGCACAGAGCUGAAAGUGUUUGUCUUAAGCAGUCCUCAUAAGCAUGAGCAAAUCAGCUUAGUCCAACAAAGAGUGAGGAGAUGCCCUCUGAAAUUUCAAGUGAUGUAAAUUUCAGAUGACACUAAGGUCACCUGAAAGACGCCUUAAAGAUCAACCUCAUAUGCUGAAGUCAACCCAAGC